AUGGAAGAGUCUGAGUUAUAUGACCUAGGCUAUCAAGGUAUUAAAUACACUUGGGUUAAUAAUAGAGAAGGUAGUCAUUUUAUUAAGGAAAGACUAGAUAGAGCCCUUGGGAAUCAUCAAAUUUUCAGUAUGUUCACUGAUAUGAGGGUGUCUAGUUCAGCAAUUUGCAGCUCUGACCAUAAUCCUAUUCUCAUAACUUUAAAUAAUAGAUGUGCAUAUGAAAGAAGAGCUAGAAGCAUCUUUAGAUAUGAGGCUAGUUGGGGUCACAUUGUAGGUUCUAAGGACUUAGUCUCAGAAGCUUGGACUGGUACUUCAGAGAAUCAAAACACAAUCGAGUCUGUGUCAGACAAGCUUAACAAGUGCAAAUUCAAAUUGGUCAAUUGGAGCAAAGAAAUAGAAAAAGAAAACAGAUGGGAUAUUGAAAGGAAAUUGACUCAGCUCAGAGAACUACAAGAAAGGAAUAUGGGCAAUCUUCACAUGAAAAUUCAAGAACUUCAUAAAGCAGUGCAUAUGAGACUUGAGUCACAAGAUUUGAAGUGGAAGCAAAGAGCAAAGCAGAAAUGGCUAAAAGAGGGGGACAAAAAUACUUAA